AUCUCAUUCCCCCACCGCGUUAACCUUGUUGACACUUCUCUUCAUGCACUUCAGCUCUGAAGCUUCCUUCCUUCUUCAGCUCUUCAUUGUCUACCAUCACCUUAUCCAUCAGUCGAAUGAGUUCUCUCGAUAAUUAAAUCCAAUCCGCUUACUAUAUCGCGACGUUGUUAUCUUACCUUCAUGCAGCUGGACUAGACUGUCUCUUCUAGUCACGCUCCCAAGCCACCUCCCCUACUAUCUCAAUGGGAGCUUCUUAGCAGACAGGAAGACGCCCUCACCAGCCAUCUCCUCUCAAGUUUGAGCUCAAUAGACACAUCCUGAUUUACCCAACAUGUCACUCCACAGCGAUCACGGUCAGAAUCAAGAUGGCUUCGCAGAGAAGGACCCUCCACUUCCCCAAAACUCCCCUGAUGAGACCUUCGAAAAUAAUCCCUUCUUUGCCAACACGGACAACUCAUCCACAUCUAAGUCUCUCAGGCUUAAGAAUGUCCUUGAUCACCUCAAUUCCAAGGAUUUGAAAGAACUGUUCAAAUGCUCCGUCGCUUUAUGGAUCAUCACCGUUUUCAUCGUCAUCGACCCUGUCUUGAGAGCCGAAGGUCAAGCCCUCUUCUUUGGCUGCAUCGUUCUUCUUAUUGUGCCACCGUCGGGCAUAGUCUUCCUCCAACUCCUGAUCAGCGCCACAAUGGUCCUCGGUAUGGGUAUUGCAUGGGCAUGGGGUGUCAUCACUAUGAAAGCAGCCCUCGCAGCUCGUCCCGCGGCCGACACUAAUGCCCGUUUACUCGAACUCCAGCAAGCCGUGGAGAACAAUACCAGUCCCCCUCCGUCAUCCUGGGGUUCGACAACAUAUAGCCAGGUCUUGGUAUUGAAUGGUUUCAUGCUUGAUGCCAGAGUCACCGCUGUUUACUAUGUCAUGAUUUGUGUUUUUAUCUAUUUCUUGUCCCGAGUUCGAGCUGGCAACCCCAAAUUCGUUGCAGUUCAAAUCUUUGGCAUCGUGAUCUCCGAUGUCUUUCUCACCAGUGGCCCGCUGCUACCUUUCUUCAAUGGCAAAGUUCCUCAGGUAUUAAUCAAGCCCGCUGCCACAGCUAUUGGUGUUGGUUUGGUUUGCAACAUUUUCCUCUUUCCAGAGUCAACCUCUCAUAUCUUCUUGGACAAUGUUAAGCAAGUUCUCACUCCCAUGGUCGCCUUUGUCGAUGCUUGUCGCAUCAGUCUCGAUCACUCAGCAGCACCCAUGGCCCUACCAGCUCUAAGAAAAGCAAAAGCCCAAGGCAUAACCGCUUUCAAAACUCUUGAUGCACGCCUGGCAUUCUUACCACUUGACAUCUCAGUCUGUCGUUGGAACACCGAUGACAUUCUCCUCCUCAAAAAGCCUCUCCGCCUGGUUUUCAUCACCUGGGCAGCGCUCAUCGAGACACAAAUUACCCGCAGCGUGUCUAUAGACCGCACCGCUAAAUUUCAUGACCAUGAAAAGGAACGGAGUGAAAACAAAGUCCAAUUUAAAAUUGGCCACCAUCAGCUUUCUCAGCAAUUGGACUUUGCACACUUAUUCCGCAAUACAGAGACCGAGGAGCUGAUCAUUAAAAGCAUGGCAGCUCUCCAGCAAUCCGCCGAGCCCCUCCUUCGAGCCUGUAAUGCCGCGUUGGAAGCCUCCGUCGAGACCAUUACUUUGGUGAACGGCAAGAAAUGGUACGGCCGUCCAUCUCCAGAUGCCUAUCAAGCCAUGCAUCAGCGACAUGAAGUCGUCCUAAAGACGUUGCGAGCAGAGUGCGACGUCUUCCUGGCUACCACUAGUGCCAGGAUCCUCGAUCCGCACGCACAUCUUUUCAACAAGGACGGUAUCCUUGAGCCCCCCCCGUCUCUUGGUGUUGCUCCCUUACGUGGUGUUGUCUUGGGUCUUAUCUUGGAAGAGCGCAUCGUUAGCUUCGCCAGGGCUUUGGUUCACUUGUUGGCUCAGAUUGUCGCCCUGGAGGAAGAACGAACCAAGCAGCAGCUGUGGUUGCCCAAGAGUCUACGGAAUCUCGGUGUCUGGAUCUUUGGCAAUGAAGAAGUGCCCCGAGUUUCUGCUGUGAUCCCUGAAAUGGAAAAAGAGACGAAGAAGUCUCAGCCUCGCCGUCGGAAUGCCCAAAAGAGGUCUACGACCCCUGGAAACAACGGCGAGGGCGAUGUGCCCAUCAAUCCUGCCGAUCAGCUCGCGUUCAUCCGACUUCAACGCGGGAAAAAGCGCAGUCGUUUGGGCCGAGCUAUUCUCUUUAUCACUCACUGGUUCUCCAACACCGCCGGCAUCUAUGCCCUUCGUGUUGUGAUCGUCACUAUCGCCCUCGCCAUCCCUGCUGCUCUUCCCUCCAGUUCUGGAUUUUACUACCGUGAAAAAGGCCUGUGGGCACUGAUCAUGGGCCAGCUAGGCCUGGUUCCUUAUGCCGCCGACUUUCUUUGGGGCGUCCUUAGCCGUGUCAUUGGCACCAUACUUGGCGGUGUGCUCGGAAUGGUCGCAUGGUACAUUGGAGCUGGCAACGGAUCUGGCAAUCCAUACGGAAUCGCAGCCAUCAUGGCCCCGCUGUGUAUUUUCUUCAUGUAUAUGCGGCUGUUUGGGUCCCCAGCAUUGUUGCAAGCGGUGAUCCUGACCGCCGUCACUGCAUAUCUCACCGUAAGUUAUAGUUGGGUUGACACUCAUAUGCGCACCUAUGGCCACCCCGGAGUCGGCUACGCGGUCUUUUGGCGAAGAACCCUGCUCGUCCUGGUCGGCUUCGCCGCUUCUGCCGUUGUCACCUAUUUCCCACGACCACAAUCCGCAAGCCGUCAUUACCGCAGGGUCCUGUCGCGAACAGUGUCGAGUUUCGAGGAUCGAUAUGCCUUGUUGAUCCAGGAAGUGACGACAAACAUUCAACUCGACCGUUCAGAAAAGGGUCCUGACGGCCGUCCUCUUCAGCUACGACCUCUGCCCACUCUCCGCAACAUCAUCACAUCAAGUCCCCUUCUCAGCACGCUAGAGAAAGACACCAUCACCACCGCCGACACUCUGUCUUCCAUCCUGGGCCCCAUCCAACUCCUUAAAUUUGAAUUUUCUUCCACCGACUUCACCGCAGACGGGCUGUCUCGUCUGACUUCUCUCGCCACCAACGUCAAUUUUGACAUGUUCCAGCUCUUCUAUUACACGCAUCAAAUGCCACCAGCAUUCAAGAAACGAUUCCUUCUGUUGAGCGGCUGUUUCGAAGAAAGAUUUGUCGGUGAUUUCAUGGCCGUAAUGAGUCUGUUGAGCCAUAGUCUGGAGAGCGGACACGCUUUGCCCAGCGUCCUUCCCGCCCCAUUGAUGGUCAGAGCGUUUCGUGAUCGAGUCCUUGGCGUCACUGGGUCAGGACCGGGUCUCAUGACGGCACCCGGAGCUGGAUGGAAUCGUCAGGCUGCGACGACAUGGGUGAAAAGUGACAAGGGUGAACAACUGCAAUUCAAUCGACUUCUCGGCCCCAUCACUAGACAAGCACUCGAGGAAGACGAAGAAGGAUUUCGAAAGUACUGUGUUGUCCUUAGUGCGAUGGUCGGCCUUCUGAGUGCAAUCGAUGAAAUGGUCCACAUCGUCAAGGAGCAGCUCGGCGAGACACAUAUUGUCGACGUUGAGCAUUGGGGAGCCGCUGCCCUAGGUUCAGACGAUUCAGUCAUCGACGACGAUGAGCGUGCUGCAUUGUUGGCUAAUGGUGCUGCGGAGCAUGAAGAACAAGAAGAUAAGUCGAAGAACUCGGGUUAGCCACGGCGGCGAAAAGAGAAUGAAAUCAGAAACUCUAUGAUCACAUCGAGGUUUGCCAACGACAAUGAUGGCGCAUACUCCAGCAGAAGCAACAUGGUCCCUCUCUGCCAACAAGCUCAAUUCGUGCGUGGGCCACCCCUUGACAGCGUCACCUGCAACGACGGUAUUCGCUAGCACGACGCACAUGGCAUGGGGCUUGACUUGGUCAUCAACACAUAGGAAAUCUCUUGGAUCAUAAUCAUCAUAUUUGCCAGGUUGUGGGUUAGAACAUCCAGUUCUUGUGAUUGAUGGCGGCAAGCUCAUCACAAGCUCAAAGUCACGACACGAUCAUGGUCAUAUGAUGGAGCCCAGUCAUGGGCAAGGCGCCGCUCACAAGCAAGGUCAUGAAGACAACAAGAAACAGAGAACCCGUUCUCAUCAAGCAAGAAGAUCGAAGAGAAGACUGACAAGUUCCGUUCUUGCUUGAUCAACCCCAUAAUCUCCUUUACCCCAGGUCCCAGAUUCCGGACGACGCCGGUCUCCGUCGAGCUGCGCGUACCUUUGUCGAGGCCACUGCAUUGCUAAGAGAGGUAUGGCGACCUGAAUCUCGAUGAUUUCUUAUUAAAUGUACUUGAAUGUUGUGAAACAGCCACGACAUCUUUGUUGACUUCCUGGCAUCCCAGCUCAGGAAAGAGAGAUUGAGUUUGAACCAGGGGAUGUGAAACGUUCUGGGAUGGACGAGCGCUGGGUUUUGUAUGGGCUUUUCCGGGAAUGGGGUCAACCUUCAGUCUGAUGACGACGAUUACGGCGUGGGAUCAAACACUCCCUUGGUCUCUCUGGACACGCAUACUUCAUUCGCGGCAAAAUUUCCAUUGCCUCUUUACGAGACAAGGCUCUUGCAAUUCGUGCACGCUUUAAGGUGGUGCAAAAUGGCGGUGAGCAGUCACUUUGCCAUUCAUGGGUCUGGAAGACGGCCGAGACUCGUGCACAAUCAAAGAGGAUAAAGGCAGAACCGUCUCGAGCUGCCGCGCCCACCUUUCGUUAUGUAGGAGGAUGAUGAAUAGGCUAGCCAUCUUGUCUGGCCACAACAUACUAUAUGAGGCCUGUCAUAUUGUCGAUUGACAUGUGGCGUACACAACCACCCAGCUCGAGUCAGACGCGAGCUGCUUCGUGUAAUGUGUAGGCUGGCUUUAAAGGUGACGGUCCCUUGUACCCGCGGGGACUGUGGACGUUUUCACGCCGGGUUGGAAACGACAAAGCCACAUCUAGAACCCGACUGUGAUAUGAAAGACCCUACAGCGCGGAUUCGGAAUAAAGUGUGCCUCAGGGGUCCUGACAUGUGUUGUUGUUGUUGUUGAUGAUGAUGGAGAAGGAGCCCUUGUUCCUCUCGAACCAGCAGUGUGCUCAUGGCAUUUGGUAUUGAAACGUAUGUUUGAAUAGAGUCCGCACAAGCGCCGUUUACCCAUGGUGGAUAAGGGGUAGGUCUAGGCCUGGACUUGACGAAGCCUUGCGACCACAUAAGCAAACUAAUGAGCGCCAAGACAGAUAACGAGGCCGAGGAUGUCGACUGGAGGGCAGUUUAUGUCCGACAGACGCUAUUAUUGCCAUCGUGACCUGCCUACUGCUAGAGAGCUUGGUGGACUCACUUGCGAGCUUUACGGCGACAUCUGAUGGGCUAAGUCCGGGGCCCGCAAAUGAGGUUUUUCCUGUCAGAGGAUGAACACGAUAACAGAAGACCCAUACCUGGCAAGACUGGUCAAUCAUGAUGGACCAUUGAGCUCUUCUGAACGAUUCAUCAAUUGUCAAGGAUGUGGCUUCUCUUGAUGAGGAUGCGAUUCGUGGUAAGCCUCAAUCAAACGGCGUCUCUCGCGACUGGUGCUUCGAAUGCCGGCAAACAAGGCCGGGGAUAUAGAGCCAAUUUUGGCUUGCUGGAGUCGCACAAGUAUGAUUAGACCAAGCAACUCACAUGAAGUAAUUGGGGGUCCGAAGCUGUGGCACAUCAUGAAUCCGUGGGGAUAGGAUCUUAGGCCGCCCAGAAAUAUGAAAUGAGGGAAACACGUCAAUCAGCUUGAGCCUGACCCUAUAGAGGGGAUUCAGACCAUGAAGUUAAUAUAAGCGGCUUUCCAAACAGGCACUUGAAAAGAACGAAAAUCACUGCGUCAUGUCGAUAUAGAUGGCUUUGUAAGUGGCUCAAGCACUAAAGCUUCUCGCA